AUGGCCGAGCUACGGACACAGCUGGGCGAGGAUGACGACGACGACGAGCCGGAAUACUUGCAAUUUAAGGUGAUCCUCCUUGGCGAUGGCGCCGUCGGCAAAACUUCCUUGGCGACGCGGUUCUGCGAGGAUCAUUUCGCCAAGCAGUACAAGCAGACCAUCGGUCUUGACUUCUUCGUGAAGCGAGUUGUCCUUCCCGGUGACAUCCAUGUAUGCUUGCAGAUCUGGGACAUUGGAGGCCAGUCGAUCGGCGGAAAGAUGCUGAGCAACUACAUCUACGGCUCCAGCGCAGUGGUGCUGUGCUACGACAUCACCAACUACCAAAGUUUCCAGCACUUGGAGGAUUGGUUGUUUCUUGUGAAGCGCACCUUCAACAAGAGCCCCAUGCCGUACACGGCUCUGAUGGCCAACAAGCAUGACCUUGCGCACAUCAGAUCGGUGAAAGCAGAGAAACACAAUCAGUUUGCGGAAGAGAACGACCUCUACAGCUACUUUGUGUCAGCACGAAGUGGGGACCAGGUCCACAUCUCCUUCUACCGCAUCGCGGCGGAUCUGGCUGGUGUCACCCUGACGAAGCCUGAGCUCGAGGUGGCGCAGAAGCCCACUCGGGCGGAGCUGGUGAAUCACCCCCGAAACGACCCUUCUCACCCGGAGGUGGGCGGCCGACCGAGUCUUGAGUGGCCGUCGAAGCUCCAAAUGCUUGAAGAGGCGAUUGGUGGCAAACCUGGGCUAGUGAAAGACCUGGCGUUCGGCUGA